AUGAAGAGCUCUCUCUCUUCUUGUUCAACCUCUACUUUCGGCCUCCGCCGGCUUUCGGUCUUGGCCUUGGUGGUGGUCUUCCUCUCGCUUCUUCUCACAUCUGCCGCCACACCCGUGUUCUCUAGCCCAACCAAUAUUGUACCAAGAAACCCCAGCACUAAUCAAGAAGACAAGUUGCUACACUACAAGGUCCAGGAGGCAAACCACCAUCCUCUUCAUCCUCAUCACCCGUGUGAUCAUCAGAGCUCAGUUUCGCAAUCAUCAAGUGCCCAAUUACGUUCUUUGUGCCUUCAACUCCACCAACACAAAAUCUUCCACGCCUACCAACCCCUCCCACCACCGCCGCCACCCGUCGCUCUAGAUCACCACGAUGAGAUUGACCCAAGAUACGGCGUCGAGAAGAGACUCGUCCCCUCCGGCCCCAACCCUCUUCACAAUUGA